CUUUUUUCAUUAAAACUUACUUGACUUCUAAAAAUGUAAGCUGCAUUCAAUCAGGUUGGAAAUUUAGGAUAAGCUGUGCUUGUUUAAAUGAAUGAAUAGGCACAAAAUUUAAUCCAAGCCAUGUCUAGUAGUUGUUUGGAUAUUAUGGGUUAACAGGAUGGUAUCUUUAUAAAACAGAAGUUUGAAUUGUUCGAAGCUCUUACAGGUAUAUUUUAUUGUUAUUCUUAGGUUUUGAGACUCCAAAUGUAUAUAAGGUGUAUGCUGCAGAUGAUUAAGGUAAGAAAAAGAAAUAGAAGGCCUUAUUUAAAUGCAAAGAAAAGUCAUCAACGUGUGCAAGAAUUUGUCUUCCGUAAGUGAUUAGUUUUAUAAGUUUAUUUUAGAGGUAAUGCAAGACCUUUUGAAAUGAAAAUCAGUAAUUAUGGAUGUAAGGAUUUCUAACCUGCAAUGGCAAAAAUGUUCAUGAAAGAUGACAAACGAGUUGUGUUUAAGUUUAAGAGAGAAUAUUAAUGCACAUUUUUGUGUUUUAAUAGGUAAAAAUAAAGUUUAUAUAAUUGAAUAGACCUCGAUUAGAAGUAUUGUAUGUAGAAAAUGAUGUAAACAAAAAAUUAGGUACAAUCGUUAAUCCUUGGUAUUUCUGCAACAUUGGUUGUUAAGUUCUAGACAUAAAUGACAAUCUGAGGUACAUUGUUGAAGCAAGUUGUUGUUAAACUUAUUUUUGGUGCAGAUGUCCAUGUAAUUCAUGUAACAAAGUUGAGUUUGUGAUUAAAGUACCUAAUGGUGAAGUAAGAUUUUAUAAUAAAAUUUAGGUUGUGGCUCACUUAAUGAAAAAAGGAAAAGAUUGUUGUAAGAAUAUGAUUGGUGAUGCUGAUAAUUUCAGUUUGAUAUUCCCAAAGGGAGCAUCAAAGGAAGAUAAAGCAUUACUUCUUGCUGUCACUCUUAUGAUGGAUUAUAUGUACUUUGAAGAUAAAUAGGGUGCUUCAGCUUCUGUUGGACCAGCUUGAGAAAUCAUUAUUAUU